GACGUGCUCGACGCGCAUCACGGCGGCAGAAUCCCUUGCGAUGCUUCAGGGCGUUGUCAUUCGAGUCCUCGUCAUGGCAGUCUCAAACAACUGGGUAUGGGAGCAACCUCCUCUCCCAGUGCCGUUUCCGCAUGAGUACAUUGUUGAUGUGCCUACGGCGUACGUCCGUGGUGCCGCCGUUGAGUUCUAUCCCGUUGUCAUGAUGCACGGCAUGAACGACGCCGGCCACACCGGUCACAUGGAGCGCAUGCGCCUUGUUGUGUCCGACACACUCGAUGGGGCGUACGUUACGUCGGUCCAAAUUGGUCGCAACGUGCGUGAGGAUGAGUACAACAGCGUCCACUUGACCAUGGACGAACAAGUGUCUCGGUUUGCUGCAAUUGUUCGCCGUGAUCCGAACCUGCGGCACGGCUUCCACGCCAUUGGGUUCUCCCAGGGCGGUCUCAUCGUCCGCGGCUACAUUGAGCGAUACAACAAUCCGCCCGUGAUCGGGUUUUUGGCGUGUCAUUCGCCGCUCGCCGGGAUCGGGUCGCUGCCGAUAUGCAACCCGACAACAUUCUUCUGCCGUCAACUCAACAAGUUCUUUGGAGCGUUUGCCUACUCCUCCGAGCUGCAGCACCAACUGGCCCAGUCAAACUUUUACAGGGACCCGACUCGCAUUCCAGAAUACCGUGAGCGCGUCAAGUACUUACCCGACCUAAACAAUGAACUCUCGGUGCAGAACGCGACGUACAAGGCCAACUUUGCAUCGCUGCGGCAGUUGAUCAUGGUGCGCGCGCUCCGAGAUACACAGGUGUGCCUGCAUUUGCCUCUUUCAUGCUGUGGAUGGUUGACCAUGAGACACACUUCAGAUUGCGCCGACCAUGUCAUCGUGGUUUGGCGCGUACGAGGACGGUGGGUGGGACACGAUCUUGCCGAUGAACGAGACAUCAUGGUACCAAAGCGACACGUUCGGGUUGAAGACACUGCACACGACUGGCCGUGUGACUUUGUACGAGACUCCUGACAACCAUCUCCAGUUCACCGACGAGCUGCUCGCGACGUGGGUGCGCACGCACUUCCGACCGCCGUCCAUGCACCGAACGCCCGUUGAUGGCAAAAUAUAAAUUAUGAAAGGACAUACCGUUUUACAAAAAGUGAAAGGAUAUUCUCGAC